UUGCAUAUUUCCCUGUAUAUAUUUUAUGCUUGCGCAUUGGCGCGCUACAGUGCUGCGACGUAGAGUUUAUCGAGAUUGUAAACGUUAAACCUGUCUAUCUAGACAUACAACAAUAAUCAUGUCUGACAAGCCCAACCUGGAUGAGGUCACCAGCUUCGACAAGAGCAAGCUGAAGAAGACGGAGACUCAGGAGAAGAACCCGUUACCAUCUAAAGAAACCAUCGAACAGGAGAAGCAGGCGACAUCGUGAAGACCCAGGUCUCCCACAUGCACUGUGCACAACCCCUUCCCUGCAUUGCCUUCUUUUCAUUCACUUCUUUUAGCUGUAUUACUUUGUAACCGAAACGUUGAAAGAGUAACAAACAAAAAAAAAAUGUCACUUAAAAAAAAACAAAACCUAAAGCUGCCAUCAGUGUUGGAUGGAAUUGAAAUCACCCUCUCUGCCAACAGCCAGGAGAAGAGCCCUGUCCUCCCGCUCCUUUCCAAUCCAGCAAAGAAAGAGAUGCUUCAGAUUCAUGGAGCACAUAGCUUGGAAACAUCCGGAUAUAUGGCAGGCUACACGAUGUUGGCCUGAACUAUUGUAGACACAGAAAGGGGCAAUGGACAAGGGGGUGUGGCCUUGGAAUGUGGACGUUCCCAAAUUUACCAACCAGUUGAGGCGUGGCUUUGUCAACAUGUGACCUGCUCACCAGUUUGAGGCAUUGCUUUUUUUUUUUUUUUUUUUUUUUUUUUUUUUUUUUUUCCCUUUUGUAAUUUUUAGUUAUGAUAAUGCACAAUAUUUGCUUUUUAUGUUGUCAGUGAUUAACACUUUGUUGGCGCUGCCUCGGGCAAAUGCUUGUUGACCAAGAGAUAGAGAAAAGGUGGGGUCAAACUAGAUUGAGGAAAACACUCCUAAGAUUAUGAGGGUUUUUUCAGUUGAUUGUACCCUUUUGUUGGUGUGGUUUUGGGGUAUCUUUUUCUGUUUCACCCUCUCUCAGUUGUCUUAUGGAGGCUGUCAUUUCUCGAAAUGAAUUCCAUGUGGUCGCUUUCAGCUGUAGAUCAAUUGUUUUAGUAAAAACUCAGCAACCAUGUUACUUUGCCACAAACUGUUAUCAAUAAUGGAAAACAAAUGUUGUAAUAAAAAAAACACCUUUGUUAUCAAA